AUGGCGCCUGCGCCGGCCACCGCACCACGAACACGUCGUGGUCCGUGUCGUUGUCCGCACUCGAGUCCCUCUCCGGCGACACUCGCGCACUGCUCGGGCGGGGCGCGUGGUCGUGGUCCUUGGGCGAGCGCUCCGACACCACCCACCCGUCGCUGUCGAUCUGCUCGCUGAGCAGCGGCUCCUCGUCGCUGGAAGGCCCCUUGCGCAAGCGGGGCGCGGUGCCAGCGUCGCUGCACUGCGCCUCGUCCGCGCUCGGCUCCGACUGCGACAGCGCGCUCUCCCCUGUCUCCCGCGCCCCCGCGUCGCCCACGUCACUGUCCGCUUGUGUAACCGCUUCCUGCGCGCACUCGCACUUCGGGGGCUCCUCUUGCUCCGGGUCGUCCCCGAGGU